AAAAAAAAAAAAAUGGAAAAUACGGAAGAAAUUUCAUACAGUAUUAUAACAUUUUGGGCGUAUAGUGAGGAAGAAAUUAAUUCAAUAGAGGGGGAAUGUCGAAAACUUGAGGAUGCUCAUGGUGUGAAAGUCGAAUACAUAAGGGAAAAGAAGUUAUUCGAUAUAAAAGGCACCGACUAUGAUGAAUUAAAUAAAACGCGUGAUCAUAUAUUCGAACUUCUCAAGUCAAAGUCUGAAAAGCAAAGCUAUGCCGUGCCUCGUUAUAAGAAAAAAGAACCCAAAUUUGAAAAAUCAGCUCCUGGUAAACCUCCACCUAUGAAGGAAACUGUUCCUCUUAUGAUUGAAAAAAAGGAAGAAGAAAUUCCUGUAGGUUUAGUAGGAUUAUACAGAUUUAAUCCUCAAAUAAGAAUACCUGCCGAGUUAGAUGGUUUAUUUGGAACGAAUCAAUGGAGACCAUUUACCCAUGUCGAUUAUUGGAGAGAUAUUUGUAAAAGUUGUAAUGUUAAUGGUGAAAUCUCAUAUGAUGACAGAAGGAUAGAAUUCAUCCAAGGUAAACGUAAAGAUGUUGAAAAGGCGAAACGUAAAUUAAGACAAAUAGAAAAUAAUUAUCUUCGAGAAACUUUUAACCAUAAACGCGUUCCACUAGUACAUUUUUCAAACGUACAUGCACAUUUCAAAGUCGGUUUCCGUCUCCCUAACAAUCAUCCAUAUUUUAAAGAUGCAGCAAUGGAUUAUUUUAAUGAUGUUUGUAUACUUUCGCACCAUAUAAAUGAACCUAAUUCGAAAAGUUUGGAAAAUUCUGAAAGGUUGGCUCUCGAUAAAAAGAUUAAGGGUUAUAAUCUCGCUAGGAUGAGCGAUGUGCUGACAAAAGGACUAGAGUAUGUGCGCGUACAUCAAGGAGAAGUACGUUUUUAUGGAAGCUUGGGGAAAUCGAUGUUCAGUAAAACUGAUGAAGUUAAAGGAAAACUUUGGAAUUUUAAUGAUUUGGAAAGUAUAAUUUCAAAAUAUGAUAUCAAAUCAAGAUUUGAUGAAGAUGUGACACACGAUAACUCGACCUAUAAGAGAUUCGAUAGUUUUUUUAGUCCGGAUAAAAAAAAGGAUUAUACAGAGUAUUUUGAAAUAAAAGCGGAUGCAAGAAAUUCGCCAAAUGAUGAAUUUAGUGAAGUUUACAUGCGUGUUAAUAGAGCCAACGCUUCUUUAGUUAAAGUUGGAUCAGAAUGGGAACCUCUUGUAAACAUAGAUUGGACAAUGUUAAAUUUAAAAUCUGAUAUUGCGAUAAAUUUAGCCACAAGACGUGCUAUUCGUCAUGAUGUAGAACCAUUUACUACAUUUAGCAAAAGGAUAUCAGUUAACCCAAAUGAAGUUUCAACGAUCGCAUAUGAAAAUGUUGAUAAGAAGAUCAAAAGUAAAAGAGGAACAGCAUUUGACACACUCGUUAGAUAUCUUGAAGUCAAGUCUAUUGAUUUCAAAAAAUCUACGACAAAGAAAGUUAGCGAAACUUUUACUUAUCAAUUAACUCGCGUUGAGAGACUAAAGGUUAGCGAAAAACCUAAAACUAAUAAAGGAUUAGGCGAGGCCACCGGAGAUGAUAGAGAUGUUUAUUAUACCAUCGAGUUUAGUGAAAAACACAAUGAAGCCUUUGAACAAAAUAUAACUCUCGAAAGUGGCGAUGUCGUUAAUUGGACGGUUGAUACUAUACUUGGAAAAGAACCAACUUAUAGUACUCUUUGUGAAUUUGUAAGAACAUUAUUAUCAGCUAUACAGACAGAACUUUAGAACAAUUUAUAGUAAUAAUUGAAAUAGACAUUUUUUAUUUAAAUAGUAUGAUUCAUAAAUACGUAUAUAUAUAUUUAUUUAUUAU